AUUUUAAGCUUGAUAGUGACCUCUCCUUAGAAACGCCUGGGGAUGUAAAUACUCAGCGAUGGCCAUAUCAUCCGACGUAGGUGGGUAUGUUCAUGUUUACAAAAACACGAUGACAUGCGUAUUUAAUAUAAUAAGGAAAUCGUGAAUGUGACACACCAGGAAGGACAUAUAUAUUAUGUUGGACGGCGGUAAUGUCAGCCUUGUCACAACCAGUCACAGGCUAAAAGUGAAGAUGUUCGUUUCAAAAACGACACAGUUCAAUACUCCAUUCAUAUAUGUUCUGCUAAGUCUGGUGGCGGUAUGGCCUUAUUGUGCAGGGGAACUACUUUGUCCCAAGAUAACGGAACUUGACUCCCCUGUCAAACUGACGUGUAUUCAAGCCUUCCACACAGGUGCACAUUCCUACUCAACUCCAAUUGGAACCACUGCAGCGUCUUGUGAUUUGGCAGAAAACAAAUGCAUAACACUUGAUGACUUUACAGCAACGGUCCUGAACAAGUCAUCCAGUAUCCUCGCUAUACCGCGCCUUCUCCCGACUCAUGCUGGAUCCUGGACAUGUGUUGUUGAUGCCGAUAGCCCUAGUCCAGACACGUGUUAUCUAACUGUUGAAAAAAGUCCGGCUUGUCGAAUAAUGAGCAAACAGAGCACGAGGACAGUGAGAGUGGGCGAGGAAUUAUCACUGACCAUCAUCUUAAGAGGGUACUACUGUUCUGAAGCAGCCCACGUCCAGGUGAAGACGGGUACCCCUCGAAUCUCAACAACAGAAACUGACGUCACAAACACAAGCACGACGGAGAAAGGAUCAACUGAAGAAGAUUAUUUAACUCUCAUCAGCGUGGUGAUUUUCCCCAUUGCUAUCACUGUCUUCAUUGCCACCGUAGUCGUUCUGGUGUGGAGACGAUGGCACAACCACGCAACCCAACCUACAAAGGUUGACAUCCACUACGUGCAUGAAGCAGACCCUGCGGUAUCCAGUGGAAGCCAAGAGCGCGAUGCGGACACUACGUGGUACAAAGAUGCACCUCUUGCUUCAGAGGAAGACACUAGCAGUGAGACACUGUGA